AUGGAGCAAGUCAGAACCUCUGUCGAGGUUGUUGUUGAGAGAAUGAAGGCCCUUCCACCAUGGGCCCUCGCCCUUGGAGGCACCGUACUCGGAUACGCAUUGUUCAAAACCUUAGUUGGAGCCCGUCAUCCAAAUGAUGCCAAAGGAGACAAGGCCUAUCCAAUCAUUGGCAAUUUUCUUGAUAUGAAGAACAUUGAACGAAUGUUUGAAUACCAGAAGGAGCUCGCCAGGAAAUAUGGUCGUGUUUCAACCUGGAAUUUGGCAGGGAAGAAGUUCUUUGUGAUUUCUGACCCUGAGAUCAACAAACGAAUCUACCAAACCGAAAUGGAAGCCUUUGGACGAGGAGGACCCAUGGUGGACGUGUUCGGUGAGAUCGCUGGUGGCCUUAUCAUGCAGGAUAACGGAGACGAAUGGAGAGAAGUCCGCAAGUUCUUUGAUCCUGCAUUCAGUGUCGUAUCCAUCAAGAAUUACAGUCCCAUCGUGCAGUCUUCCACCAGCAAACUCAUCAAAUACAUGGAAAGUGAGCUCGACAAUCCUGAAAAUCGACGUGAUGGCGCUGGAAUUGAUAUUCAGCCUGCUUUACAUGGUCUCACUUUCGAUAUCAUCGUAAACAUUCUGCUUGGAUUUGAUCCUAAGAGUGUCGAUAGUGGAGGCCAUUCCGUGUAUGUGAAGGCGUGGGAGGAAGGGCUUGGACAUCUCAUCACACGUGUACCCUUCGCGUCAACAUUUUACUGGAAAUGGUGGAAGACGCCAGCAGUCCUAAAAUACGAGAAGGAUAUCAAGCUGCUUCAGGGUCUGGUUAUGAAUCGAUACGACGAGUAUUUGAAUAAUGGAGUUCCUGAAGAUGCCGUUGACUUGCUCGCCCAGUACAUCCGUAAACUUAAGACUGACAAGGAAUCUAUCCCAUCCUAUUUAACUUCGGACCGUGAAAACUUCUUGCGCCACUUCAUGACGAUGGUCUUUGCGGGUCACGAUACUACAGCAUCUAGCGUUGGAUGGACAUUAGCAUUCUUAGCCAUGCACCCAGACAAGCUCGCACGUGUCCGUAAAGAAAUCCAGGCCGUUGGUGGCAAGAAGCAGCUUACAUACGAGACAUUGCUCACGUUGCCGUACCUCGAGUGUUGUGUCAAGGAAGUGAUGCGAUUACGCCCAUCGGCCCCAAAUAUGGGUAGAACGCCGAGACGGGAUAUAACAUUGGAGUGGGUUGAUGAUUCGGGAGUUUUGAGACAGCAGUUUGUUGCUAAGGGUCAAGAAAUGCACACGACAGCUUACGCUACACACAUGGAUCCACGAAAUUUUGAAAAUCCAGACGAAUUCAUUCCUGAGCGAUUCGAAAACAAUCCAACUUAUAACAUGUAUGCGUACGUACCGUUUGGUGCCGGACCAAGAAAGUGUCUGGGUGAGAAGCUGGCGUUGUUUGAGACAAGGUUGGGAGCCGCUGAGGUUAUUCGAACGUUUGACUUUGGAAUCAUUGACAAUUACAAGCCAGUCCUUAUUCAGGCACCUACUUUACGUAUUGGAAACGGUCUCAAGUUGUGGUUUAAAAGGUUGUAG